AUGGCUCUGUUUGACAACUGUUCUGUGGUUUUGGAGCUGAAGAAUGUGCCUUAUAAGGAGAAGAAGAGACUGAAGCUGGCAAUAACAGAGAAUGGGGGCAGCAUUUCCUAUGUGGUCAAUAAACAGGUCAGGUUGAUAGUGACACAGAAACACUUGAAUAUCUCACCUUCAUUGGUCAGAUUAAAACAUGUUGGAGGGAUUGAUGCUUUCUGUCUUUCAUACUCUCUCUCCCUCCCCUUCCUCCUUUCCUUCCUCCCCCACCUCUCUCUCUCCCCCACAGUGCACUCUGAUAGUGACAAGCAGCGUGUCCAGUCUGAGCUCCAGCCGGGUGCGGAAUGUGAAGAAGCACCAAAUUCCAGUAGUAGGGGUGGAGUAUGUGUCACGCUGCCUGGAAAAGGGAGUCCUGCUGCCUGUAGAGGAGUACCGCCUUUCCCCCCCUCCCUCUACCCCUCCCUCUACCCCUCCCUCUACCCCUCCCUCUACCCCUCCCUCUACCCCUCCCUCUACCCCUCCCUCUACCCCUCCCUCUACCCCUCCCUCUACCCCUCCCUCUACCCCUCCCUCUCUCUUCACACCCAGACCGGCCUCACCCUCUCCCUCUCAGUCAGGUAGAAACCAAACUUUUCCUCUUCUAAGGUCCACAACUCUGACAUUGUCCCAAAUUCCUAUAUGCUUUAUUGGUAAAAAAAUAUAUACAAAGUUACACAAAAAUUAUGCCACCAUUCCCUUGAAUUCAGGCAUGUAUAUUUCCCACGGAAAGCGUCUUGCGCAUACAGCAAGCAGAGCAAGGGUUUAUCAUCUUUAGGCAUUCUCCUUUGACACAAUCACAAUGGGGGUGUCUCCAUAGACAACAUGUUGACUCAUUUACCCAGAGCAGAGUCUUGAGUUAAUCAGGAGGCUGCUUUUGCUAACAGUUGCGUCUUAACUGAUAAAGGCUCCGUGUGCUCACUAUUGGUGUGUCUUUGCAUAUGUUGUCAUGUGUUUGAAAAAUGAUGCUCUUUUGACAAGGGUGUGUGUGUUUGUGUCAUUUAAAAAAGAACUGGACUUUGACAGAGGGUGUGUACUGUGUGUGUCGUGUGUGUUUAAAGUUCUGAAGGUGACGAGCCAGCCGGCUGCAGAACAGAAGUCUGAAGUUCAGUCACUCACUCUGAAUGCUGUCAAUCAAGCCGAGAGGGCAAAGAAUCCAAAGAGAACUGGAACUUACCUGGGCAAAUUCAAGUGUGUACCUACUGUACACUCACCUGCCAAUCACUGCUGGACUACAGUAUAUGUCAUACCUUCCCUCCUGACUAUAACCUGUCAUGGCCUCACAUUAGAUUACACAGGCCUUAUACCAGAGUACUAACAAAUUGAAUAACCUAGGUUAUCUAUUUGUUGUAUGCAACCCAUGUAAUUGACCUACAGUAAUGUAGUAACAAGCUACAUGAUUAGUUUUGUGUUUUUAUUUUCAUUUAGAGUGUACACUGAAAGUGACAAUGAUCUUCCAACAUAUCCAACACAUUUCCAAGUGGCCAAAUACUCCAUUUUUGAAAAGGUAAGACCACCCAUAGACGUCAUACAGUGUAUUUAGCUCACGUCAUCUUUACUUGCUGAUCCUGUUUUGUGACAUACCUGUCUUUACCUGGUUGUUUAGUGUAUGUGUAUCAUACUAUACGGCGUGUGUACCUGUGUGUUUUCUAGGCUAACAGCAGCACAUGGUCGGUGUUGGAGCUGCAGAGUAGCAGAGGAAAGGGAGGACAGCAGCAGUACCGUGUAGUGAGGUACUGGAGAGAGGACCAUGGUGCUAAGGUGAGCUCAUGUCUUAGGUCAUUGAUUCACUGGGAUCCAUUGGCUAGUUAUCCAUAAAAUGAGGUACGAUUAUGAUUUGGGUGAAUUAUCCCUCUAUGCCUUGACCACAGAAUGUAGAAAAUGGCUGUUUUCACAUACAGUAUGUGGACCCUGGUAUGAUUCUGGAGAUUAUGAAUUUGAGGUUAAACUGUGAAUUGUCCUCUGUUUGUCUGUCAGUCAGAAGCUGUGCAAGACAAGCAGGUGUUCUUCUCUGUCUCAGAGGAGGCUGUGAAGGUCUAUCAGACUCUCAGGAAGGAGCUGCAGGUCAGAGGCCUCACACUGAGGACCACCCUCCCUCCAGAGGUUCCGGACCUGGGCUCUGCCAGCCUGCAGCAGGUCAGACACUCCCCCUAAUGUAUAGACACACAGUCUCUUAAAAUACAGACAGACAUGACAUAUUAUAUCAGAUUUGCACUUUUCGACCCAUUUCCUGAGAAAUAACCUAAUAGAUGUUGGCACCCCACUGUGAGAUUUAGAUUAUGUGAUUCUGCACUGUAGUAUAGUAAUCAGUGCUGUGAUUGGCAGUCAGGGGUGGUUGAUUAACAUGUGUUAUAAUUUACAGCUGCUGCUGGAGGAGAAGCUGAGCUGCAGCACCCUAUCACAGGAAGUGGGUGUGUUCGUGGAGCUGCUCUGGGCAGAGGCCCUUGGUUGUCUGGACAACGUCCUCAAGGUUCCAUUCACCAGCCUCAGUCUCAACGAUGUAAGUGAGAUGUGGUUGGCUCUCACUGUUCAUAAUGCAUACUGUAUUAACCUGUCUAUCUGUCUGUCUGUUGGUGUCUGAGUGCUUGUGUUCACUAAAGCUGUGUUGUUGUUGUGUGUAGGUGAGCAGGGCUGAAGGGCUGCUGCUACAGGUCCAGAGGAGGCUGAGACAGGGGGAGGGGCCAGACACUGAGGUGGUCUCGCUGAUGGAGGAGGUCUACACCCUCCUGCCCCACAAAACGGACCUGUCCCGCCUCCCCGUCCACACUAAACUUAUCUCAUCACAGCUGGACCUCUGCCAGGUAACACACACACACAAACACCAUGUUCUUUUUUAGCAGAAUGAGUACUGCACAGGGUAGUGCUGCACUCUACCAACCAAUUAUUGACUUUCUCCCCAAUAAAAUAGACCCCUACAUCUUUAUUCUAAACUGUUUAAAUAAAAAGAAAAAUGUGAGGAGGACGUCUCUCCAUUCUCAUCUUUUUUGAAAGAAGAAGAGAACAAGAAUGAACUGCGUGUUUAACACGACUCUCUGUUGUAGUUAAUCAGAGAUGUGUUGAAUGUCAGCGAGGUCACGCUGAGAAGCACUGCCCCUUCCUGUCUCGGGAAGUACCGCGCCCUGAGGUGCAGCAUUGAAAGAGUUCCCCCUGGUCCUGAGUUUCUGUCUGUCACCGAACUGCUACAGGACAGGUACAGACCCACUGCAGUGUGUGUGUGUGUGUGUGUGUGCGCGCGGGCGUGCGUGCCUAACUCUCUCCAUCUCUCUCCUACAGACAGGUGCAGAUCCUGCAGGUUCUGAAAGUAAGCAGAGAGGUGGAGCUACAGAUGUUUAGGGAGGGGCUUGGAAACAUUAAGCCCCUCCUCCACUCCUCUAGCCCCAGCAGCUUUGUGGGGAUCUUGUCUCGGUGAACACACACACCCACACACACCUGAGUUUGACAUAUUGUACAUCACUGACGUGGUAUAUUAUCAAUUCAAUUCUCUGUCUCUAGGGGUCUGUUACUGCCCAGGGUUGGAGUGGAGCAUCAUGGAAUUGAGAGAACAGACAUUGGGAAUUUGGGCGGUGGCAUCUAUUUCAGUGAUUCAAUGAGGUCAGUAGACAACAUCAUAUGCCAGAUAAGUUAUCAGCAACAGUGUGAAUAUUGUCAUUGUAUUCUCUGUGUGUAUCCUCAGUACCAGUUUGAGGUACUCUAAGCCCAGUGUGACGGACGGCAGUCGGCUGCUGCUGGUGUGUGACGUGGCGUUGGGGCGCUGUACGGACCUCCAGAAGAGGGACAGCAGCCUGACUCACGCCCCCGAGGGAUACCACAGUGUACAUGGGGUCCGCUGUACCCCCAAGACACCCUCUGAGUUUGAGGUCACCCUUUUUAUAUUCUGUACCUGGCUGUAUUUGUUCAGUGCUAAUGCUGACAUUGUAAUGUUUAGAUCGUGUGGGAUGGUGUCUGUGUGUGUUACUGAUGUGUAUAUAUAUAUGUGUGUGUGUUCCAGGAUGAAGAGUACGUCGUGUACAGCCCGGAGCAGGUGAGGCUGCAGUAUGUGGUUCAGUUCAGACUGGAGGAGGACCAGCUGAAAGACUUCCAGCCCACCAUAGAUACUUCCUCUACCGUGCUGCCACUUCCUGUCUCUCCCUCUGACCUCUGUAAGAAUUCAAUUCAACAACUCUUUAUCAUAAACAUACAAACAAACACAGGACCGUACGUCAACAGCAGACCCAAUUAACAAGGGAAUAGGAAGGUCAAUGAGCAACAAUAUAGACUAGAUUUAGAAUAUGUACUUUUGCUUGUUCUGAGGCUGUUAUUGAUGACCUGUCUGUGUGUAGUGUCCUGUGGUGAGGAUGAGGAGGGUGUUGGGAGGUGUAAAAACCCUCUAGAGGAGGUGACUGCCGGCCUGCUGGACACUUCUGGACAACCACUCCCUCUACAGGCCGUCCACGUCAGGGCCAAGUUGAUGGAUCUGCUCUGCCAGGUACCACUGGACUAUACUUGAUUUGACUGGGCUGGAUUGGACUGGAUUGGAAUUGACUGGACUUGAAUGGAAUGGGCUGGAUUGGACUGGAAUAGAAUGGGCUGGAUUGGAUUGGACUGGAGCAAACAUCACUGAGUUUUACUUGACUGGACUGGACUGUUUACCUUUAUUGUACCAUGACAUAAGUCCCUCAGUAACAGGCCUCUCUCUUAUUGGCUACCAGGUCAUCAUCUUCCAGACAUACACCAAUCAGAGAACAGCCCCCAUCGAAGCCAAAUACGUCUUCCCAUUGGAUGAUUCUGCUGCUGUGUGUGGCUUUGAGGCCUUCAUCAAUGGGAAGCAUGUAGUGGGACAGGUAAUUCACCCCCACCCUCUCAGCAGCACACAGUGAUCCGUUCUGCAUGUGUAGUAUUGUGUUGUGAGCUGUUAUGUCCCUCUGUCCCAGGUGAAGGAGAAGCAGCAGGCACGUAAAGAGUAUAAACAGGCUAUAGAGAGAGGCCAUGGAGCUUACCUAAUGGACCAGGAUGCACCUGUACGUCUCUCCCUACCUCCUCACCUCUCUGCAGACACACACUUUGUUACUUUACAUUGACCAGGAAAUAGAAUGUGCUCUCUUUAGUACGCUAUGUCAUAUCGAGAGUUUGGGACUAUAAGGUUCUAUCUGCAAAAAGAUGAUUCUGAGAUAAUUGGCUUUAAAGUUCUGAACCCUCAUUGGUUUGAAUGGUGUCAGCAACUUUUUAAAGUCUUGUAUUCUUUUGAACUUAACAACAUGAAUUGGGGUAUUUAGAGUACUAUAUAGGUAGAGAACAUUGAACAGAACAAGGCUAUGUCAAUAACUAAAUUAGGGAAAAAAUGCAGAUAGAACCUUAGUCCCAAGCUCUUGAUAGACUAAGGUCUCGUAUCAUUCUUUUAAAUCAGGUAAUGAUGAUUCUAUGGUUGAAAUACAAUCUCUGGUUUCAGUCUUUCUUAUCAUGUCUUGAGUCAUAAUGGUGAUGUCAUCUUUGUGUUCCCUCAGGAUGUGUUCACCAUCAGCGUUGGGAACCUGCCUGCCAGUGCCACCGUCCUGAUCAAAGUCACCUUCGUCACCGAGCUCGUCGUCAUGGAGGGCCUGAUCAACUUCUCGCUGCCCGGUAGUGUGGUGCCAUGGCAACAGAGCUCGGCGCUCAACCAGAGGACUCAGGUAGGAGGGACUGGAUAGAUGGAUUGAUUUAUUUACAUGCUAUUAAUGAUGUGUUCAGGUUUGCGUCAUGCAUGUGUCGUUGUGUGUCUCUCUCUCAGGUGACUUUGGAGAAGGUGUGUGUGACCAACCUGGAUUUCCAGGGGUGAGUGUUCCUCUAUGCCAGCCCUGGAGGGAUGGGGACACCAGUCCUGUAUCCUUAUAUUUACCUCUGAUAUUCCCUCUUCUACGGUACAUCCACAUGCUGACCUGUAGUGUCUGUCUGUCUCUCCACAUGCGACCUGUAGUGUCCUGUCUGUCUCUCCACAUGCUGACCUGUAGUGUCUGUCUGUCUCUCCACAUGCUGACCUGUAGUUGUCUGUCUGUCUCUCCACAUGCUGACCUGUAGUGUCUGUCUGUCCCUCCACAUGCUGACCUGUAGUGUCUGUCUGUCUCUCCACAUGCUGACCUGUAGUGUCUGUCUGUCUCUCCACAUGCUGACCUGUAGUGUCUGUCUGUCUCUCCACAUGCUGACCUGUGUGUCUGUCCCUCUCCCAUCUGACCUGUAGUGUCUGUCCUGUCUCUCCACAUGCUGAAAACCUGUAGUGUCUGUCGUCUCUCCACAUGCUGACCUGUAGUGUCUGUCUGUCUCUCCACAUGCUGACCUGUAGUGUCUGUCUGUCUCUCCACAUGCUGACCUGUAGUGUCUGUCUGUCUCUCCACAUGCUGACCUGUAGUGUCUGUCUGUCUCUCCACAUGCUGACCUGUAGUGUCUGUCUGUCUCUCCACAUGCUGACCUGUAGUGGUCUGUCUGUCUCUCCACAUGCUGAACCUGUAGUGUCUGUCUGUCUCUCCACAUCUGACCUUAGUGUCUGUCUGUCUCUCCACAUGCUGACCUGUAGUGUCUGUCUGUCUCUCCACAUGCUGACCAUGUAGUGUCUGUCUGUCUCUCCACAUGCUGGACCUGUAGUGUCUUCUGUCUCUUCCUGUCCCCUGUUUCUUCUCUCCACAUGCUGACCUGUAGUGUCUGUCUGUCUCUCCACAUGCUGACCUGUAGUGUCUUCUCUCUCCAACAUGCUGACCUGUAGUGUCUGUCUGUCUCUCCACAUGCUGACCUGUAUUGUCUGUCUGUCUCUCCACAUGCUGACCUGUAGUGUCUGUCUGUCUCUCCACAUGCUGACCUGUAGUGUCUGUCUGUCUCUCCACAUGCUGACCUGUAGUGUCUGUCUGUCUCUCCACAUGCUGACCUGUAGUGUCUGUCUGUCUCUCCACAUGCUGACCUGUAGUGUCUGUCUGUCUCUCCACAUGCUGACCUGUAGUGUCUGUCUGUCUCUCCACAAUCUGACCUGUAGUGUCUGUCUGUCUCUCCCCAUACUGACCUGUUUGUUUUUCUCUCCUCAGGGCGUUCAGUCUGGACAUGUGUAUUGAAAUGCCCAAUGAGAUCAUCAACCUGCGCUGUCUCACCCACAAAGUCAAGAUCAAGGUAACUCAGCAGAACGAGCUGUGUGUGUGCAUGCUUGAGUGUGUGUCCGUGCUUCCGUAUAUGUGCGUGCGUGUGUAAAGGUGUGUGUAACAGUGUGUGUGUUGUGUUAACCCCAGAGGACAGACUGUAAGGCGGUGGUGAGGACGUGUCCAGGUGAGACUCUGGGCCCAGAUGGGUUCCUGCUCUGCUUCAGUCUGGCUCAGAUCCACCUGCCCAGGAUGUGGGUGGAGAAACACCCAGACAAAGAAAGCCAGGUCAGUCUCUCUAUACUGUACAUCUGUCCCUCAAAAAUACGGCCUGGUCAGUAUCCCUCUCCAUCUCUCCUUCCCUCAUUGUCCAUUCAUAUCCAUCUCUUUACAUUUUCCUUCUCCCCAGGCCUGUAUGUUGGUGUUCUACCCAGACUUUGAGCCCAGCCCCAGUUCCAUGUCUGACCCCAGUGAAGUUAUCAUUCUGUUGGACUCGUCUGAGUCCAUGAGAGGAGAAGCUCUCCAGAAUGCCAGGAGAAUUGCCCUGCAGCUCCUCAAUACCCUGGACCACCACAGCGUCCGAGUCAACGUCAUCUCCUUUGGCUCAGGUGGGCUCCCAUUCAACCAGUCUUCAAACUGAGCUAAAUCAACUUCUAAAUCUUCUAAAUCAAUCUCAUGUAUCAUGUUGUUUGCAUACACUUUGUUAGUGGGGUACUUGGUUUUUUGCUUUACGUCAGACUGAAGAGUUUGACAGUAAGAGGCUGUAGCCUUUCCCCCAUACUCAUCUGUCUGGAUGUGGUUGUGUCUUACAGACCAGCAGGAGGCUUUCCUCUCUGCCCACCCUCUAGUCGAGGCCCUCAAACCAGCCAAGAAGUUCAUCAUGGUGAGUGCUGACGGACAGACCCAGGGGCCAAUAACAAUCCUUUAUCAUUAGUCUCUAGAAUAUUAGGGACACAUUGUUUUUCAGAGCAUAUAAAUAGGUAACUAUUUAUAUGCUGUGUAUCGUGUCCAUGUAAAUGUUGUACUUGGUCAUGUUCUUAUUCCCCUGUAUCUCAGUUGGUAGAGCAUGGCACUUGCAACGUCAGGGUUGUGAGUUCAUUUCCCACGGGGGGCCAGUAUGAAAAUGUAUGCACUCACUAACUGUAAGUCGCUCUGGAUAAGGGCUUCUGCUAAAUGACUAAAAUGUAAAUGUAAAUAUUCCCUGUGCUAUACUUUCCCCUGUUGUUGAUGUUAGUCCUCCCAACCUGUUGGGGGCAGCACCGAGCUGUGGAGGCCCCUGCGCAGCCUGAGUCUGCUGCCUCCGUCGCAGGGUGUGAGGAACCUGCUGCUGCUGUCAGACGGCCACGUCCAGAACCAGGCGCUGACCAUGCAGCUGGUCAGAGAGCAUUGCCAGCACAGCCGCCUCUUCACCUGCGGCCUCAGCCCAACAGCCAAUCGCCACAUGUUGCGGGCCCUGGCCCAGGCAGGGGGAGGGGCCUAUGAGUUCUUUGACACAAAGACAAAGCACACCUGGAUAGAGAAGGUAACAACACACUUUUACACUGAUCUCUCCUUUGUCAUCAGAUAUCUAGAUAUUAUCUUUGGUUCCACACAACUCAACCACACAACAUGAGGUCAACUUGGGUGAACUAUCCCUUUAAACACCCGUUUGCGUCCGUGUUUGUGUCAGGUGGCGUGUCAGGUGAAGCGCAUGGUGUCUCCAGGCUGCAGCUCUGUGUCUGUGAAGUGGCAGCAGUUUAACCCCUCAGCAUCCCCCCCUGUCCAGGCCCCCUCUCAGCUCCACGCACUCUUCUCUGAUUGCCACACCCUGGUCUACGGCUUUGUGCAACACUGUACACAGGUAUACUGUCAUUGAGGUGUGUGUGUGUAUGUGUGUGCCAGGAUUUCCGUUAGGAAAAUGUGGUGCCGGACAUUUGACCGGCAGCAUUUUAAUUUACCGGACAUUUGAGAAAUGUACAGAACCCAUAUGUAUUGGGUGUGUAACCUGAUUAGGGCGUCCACCCACAGUGCUCAGAAUGACAGAAAUCACAUUUUAGAUUAUAGUAAUUCAUAUUAACAGAACAUGCAAGUUGAGGAUGCAACGAUGUGCAGUCCUUACUACAGUUUGAAGAUGUUAAAAUAACUCCACAUCAAUUGUUCCCUCAGAAACAAAUAGCAAAAUCACUAGAUUAUGUCAAUCUACUAUCCCCCCAUAGUAAAAAAGUUGACCUAUUCUAUUGGUCUUCUGGUCGAGAAAGAAAUGGCCUAUUCCAAACUGACUCUGGGACAGUUGUGGGACGAUAGAUCCCAAAUUCAUACAACCAGUAGCCCUAGGCUACAUAAACCUUCAAAAGUCUGAUGCAACAGAUCAGAACGUUUAGCUUAAAAUGUUAAUAAACUAUUGUUUCUAUGUGCGGAUGUUCGUUCCAUAAUGCAAUUAGCGGGAAAACACUGUUGUCAAAAGGGCACUGCACAUGCGAACGGUUUCAUGUGACAGAGAUUAAAAUAUCCGUUCGAAAUUUAGAAAGGGGAGAUUUAAUAUGCAACAACUAGCAUGGGUUGACUAGGAUUUUGCCUUUGGCUACUGGACAAUGAAACUGAUUUUGGUUAGGCUACUUUGAAGCAAGGUAAGACAUGCCUCAUAAUAUGUAUUAUAACAUUCAGGUUUCAAACAAUUUAAGUAUAUGUUUUCUAAAUGCAUACAGCCUCCAGCUCAAUGCAUAGUGGUGUGUGACGCGCUGAUGAAACCUGCCUCCCGUUGCCUGUGUUUGCUGUUUGAGAUGCUGUAGCAGCAGCUCUCGCGCUGUCUGACAGAUUUUCCGCUCAAGGGCUCUGUAUCAGUAUGCUAAACGUGUGUGAUGAAUAAGAUAGGCCUACAUAACGAAUAUACUGUACACACACACCAAUAUAAUUACACUAAAUUAGCCUAUAGACCGAUAAGCAUGACCAGUCAAAUGUAUUUCCAUCAAUGCUAAAAAGCUUUUUUUUUGCAAUGGGAUUUUUCUUCUCCUGGACAAUUGGCCGGCGGCAAUUUUAUUUCUCGGCUUUUCCGUUUUUUUAUCAGCCAAAAGCCAGCUAUUACCGGCUAACAGAAACCCUGGUGUGUGAAUGCAUGAAUGUGUGCGUGGACAUGACAUGCACAGAUCACACAGCGCUGUGAGACUAACUUGUCCAUGUGUCUGGUGCUGUAGGCCACUCUUCUUGGAGACCUGAGUGGUCAGGACAUUGAGACCAUGGUGUCCACCACUGAGCUGCAGAAGACCAGGGGCACGGUGAGACCACCAUCCACACCUCACUGUUUAUACUGCUUAACAUCAUACUGUCUCAGUCACACCUGUAACACACUUGUGUGUGUGUGUUUCAGUUCCUUCAUAAGCUCACAGCGAGGGCCGUUAUCAGAGACUACGAGGAUGGCAGUCUUCACACCAACGAGGCCGAACAUGAGGUGUGUGAAUAUAUUAGAUUUUGUAUGGAGUGUGUACACUACCUGUGCUGUUUGUGUGUGUGGAAUGUUUUGUUACAUAUCUAGUAUAAAUUCUCUCAGGGGAAGAAAGCAGAGCUGAAGUCCUUCAUCAUUGAGCUGAGCAAAGAGUUCUCCAUCCUGUCUCAGUUCACCAGCUUUGUGGCCAUCGAGGAGAGGGUACGUCUGCCACACACACACAUCAACAAUACUCAAUACAAAUGUUGAAAAAGACAAUGUUCUGAUGUGUUCUCUCUCCCAGGACUCAGAGCACCCUGACGUGGGCUUCACAGACGUUCCCAAGCUCAUCUCAGAUGAGGACGUCGACUUCUUACCUUACCUCAGCUGGCAGAGAGAUGAGGAGGAGGAUCUGGGAAGUGGGAUGGCCUCCAUGUCAGACUCGAUAGAUAGCGAGCCAGGGCGUGUUUUCCUCAAAGUCUACGAGGAGGAGGAGGGAGGGGUGGAGAAGGAGAAUUGGUCAAUGGUAAAAUCAUGCUUGAAAACCUUCCUGGAGGAGGGUAUGGGGGACGAAGAGGAGCAUAUAUCUGCCUCUUUCUUGCUGUUACCUGUAAAGAAAAAUGGUCCCUGUAAAAAUGUUUUAUCACUGAACUGUUGUCUUUGUUUUACAGCACCCUGAAGACCCACUUGGUGGCUCAGUAUUCAUGCAUAGUGAGGUUCUGUCUCACCCCUAUUUAUGUACCCAAUUGAUGUCAGUCAGCCUAGUCACCCCAUCCGCUGCUUCCAAACAACUGGAUAUGCUGGAGACCCUCCAGUCUCAACGAAAGAGAGUGAGGCGGGCGCUCGGUAGACAGGCGGACGGACACAGGAAGGUUUGUGCCGAUCCGGCCUUUGACCCUGUAGAGCCCCAGAGGUGGAAAAUGGGAAUGCCUCUCUCCCGGAAGGAGUCUCUCUCUGUUGCUGAUGCUCCUCCUCAUCUUCCUCAUCCUUCUCCUUGUUAUUCCUCUCCUCCUCCUCUUCCAUCCGUUCUUCAUUCACAGCGUAAGUCUCUCCUUGUGUCUGAUGCUCUUCCUCCUCAGCCGCAGUCUCUCUCCGCCGCAGUUUCAGAUUCUCUGAAUCCUCCCUCUGCUCCUGUCUCAAAUGAGCGUCAAGCAAUGAGUUGCACAAGGGAGGCCCCUCCGAUACCUUUUAGUGGUAUCUCCCAUUUCGCUACGUUCCAGAGACUGCAAGCCGGUGGGGACAUGCCACUAUCCAAACCCCCAGAGCCCUAUCCUGUGGAAGUGGCAAUGUGUAAGACUAGCAAUGUGGUGGACAUGUAUCAUGGCUUACCUGAGGAUAUGGAAUAUGGACUGGUGGAGUUGGACCACUGCCAGCAGCCUCCUGUUCUCCCUGCCUCUGUGCCCUCUUCAGCGUUUGGUUUCAGGGGCGGGUGGGCAGGGUCUCAAAGCAGCCGACCUCAAGGUUCUUUGUUCGAGGCCACAGCCAGUACAAGUUUAAUUUCAGGUUUGGCGCCCUCUGGUGGUUUAUUUGGGGCUUCUUCAGAAGGAGUGGUGAUUUCUGGUGGUGGAAAGUGGCCUCUACCUCCCCUUAACCUUGCACCAUCAGCAAUGUUACAUUUUGGGGCAUCAACUGCAGGCAGACCACCUCAAGGCUCCCUGUUUGGCGCCCCUUCAACCAGUUCUAUGACUACAGGUUUAGCAGCCCCUGGUAUCUCAUUUGGCUCUAUUGAGGGAGCGAAGGCCGCCCCCCCACCCCCUCCACGUGUAGGCUCAGCCCCACCAAUGGGGUUUAGUUUUGGGGCAACACCUACUGGCGGACUACUUCAAGGCUCUGGUAUCUCACUUUUACCCACCGCUCAUGGCGCUCAUCUGACCCGUCCUUUAGUGGCCUUACAUGGUUCUACAAGGUCCAGUUCUGAGGCAGCAGGGCCACGUGAAUCCUCUCUCUUCGGUAGCCCUCUUGGGACACAACAACUAAAAAGACGACCACAUCAACUACUACCGUUACUACAGCGAAUAAAACCACAACCACAAAAACAUCUGGUGGUAAGAAAGGACUUACUGAAAUGUGAAGGAGAUAGUGAAAGGUAUGAUGUGUGUCUGUCUGUCUGUGUAUGUACUAUAUUGGAGAGGUUUAUUGUUACGUGUAUCUCUGUAGUAUCCUAAUGAGGUGGUUUUUGAUUUCAGGAGGGGUGGUUUUGAAUUCAGGAAGAAUAUUCUUGAUGUAGUGAAAUGGCCAGAGAUUUUUGCCCUCCAGCACUCAGUAAGUACAGGAACCAUUCCCUUUUCUCAAGGCCAGCCUCAUGUGCAAAUAAAAUACUCUAUUAGUGAUAGAAAACAGUUAACUAAUCAUAUCUACGUAUAUCCAUUCUAUUGUUUAUUAAUAACACAGUGCAGGAACAUAGAAUGAAUUCAGAAAGAUAUUUCCACAUACUCUAAGCAUUGUAAACUCAGCAAAAAAAGAAACGUCCCUUUUUCAGGACCCUGUCUUUCAAAGAUUAUUUGUAAAAAUCCAAAUAACUUCACAGAUCUUCAUUGUAAAGGGUUUAAACACUGUUUCCCAUACUUGUUCAAUUAACCAUGAACAAUUAAUGAACAUGCACCUGUGGAACGGUCGUUAAGACACUAACAGCUUACAGACGGUAGGCAAUUAAGGUCACAGUUAUGAAAACUUAGGACACUAAAGAGGCCUUUCUACUGACUCUGAAAAACACCAAAAGAAAGAUGCCCAGGGUCCCUGCUCAUCUGCGUGAACGUGCCUUAGGCAUUCUGCAAGGAGGCACGAGGACUGCAGAUGUGGCCAGGGCAAUAAAUUCAAAUGUCUGUACUGUGAGACGCCUAAGACAGCACUACAGGGAGACAGAACGGACAGCUGAUCGUCCUCGCAAUGGCAGACCACGUGUAACAACACCUGCACAGGAUCGGUACAUCCGAACAUCACACCUGCGGGACAGGUACAGGAUGGCAACAACAACUGCCCGAGUUACACCAGGAACGCACAAUCCCUCCAUCAGUGCUCAGAUUGUCCGCAAUAGGCUGAGAGAGGCUGGACUGAGGGCUUGUAGGCCUGUUGUAAGGCAGGUCCUCACCAGACAUCACCGGCAACAACGUCGCCUAUGGGCACAACCCCACUGUCGCUGGACCAGACAGGACUGGCAAAAAGUGCUCUUCACUGACGAGUCGCGGUUUUGUCUCACCAGGGGUGAUGGUCGGAUUCGCGUUUAUCGUCAAAGGAAUGAGCCUUACACCAAGGCCUGUACUCUGGAGCGGGAUCGAUUUGGAGGUGGAGGGUCCGUCAUAGUCUGGGGUGGUGUGUCACAGCAUCAUCGGACUGAGCUUGUUGUCAUUGCAGGCAAUCUCAACGCUGUGCGUUACAGGGAAGACAUUCUCCUCCCUCAUGUGGUACCCUUCCUGCAGGCUCAUCCUGACAUGACCCUCCAGCAUGACAAUGCCACCAGCCAUACUGCUCGUUCUGUGCAUGACUUCCUGCAAGACAGGAAUGUCAGUGUUCUGGCCAGCGAAGAGCCCGGAUCUCAAUCCCAUUGAGCACGUCUUUGAUCUGUUGGAUCGGAGGGUGAGGGCUAGGGCCAUUCCCCCCCAGAAAUGUCUGGGAACUUGCAGGUGCCUUGGUGGAAGAGUGGGGUAACAUCUCACAGCAAGAACUGGCAAAUCUGGUGCAGUCCAUGAGGAGGAGAUGCACUGCAGUACUUAACGCAGCUGGUGGCCACACCAGAUACUGACUGUUACUUUUGAUUUUGACCCCCCCCCCCCCCCCUUUGUUCAGGGACACAUUAUUCAAUUUCUGUUAGUCACAUGUCUGUGGAGCUUGUUAAGUUUAUGUCAGUUGUUGAAUCUUGUUAUGUUCAUACAAAUAUUUACACAUCUUAAGUUUGCUGAAAAUAAAUGUAGUUGACAGUGAGAGGACAUUUCUUUUUUUGCUGAGUUUACAUGAUAUGGGGAAGGAAACUCACUUCAUCCACUUCCAAUGUGUGGCACCAAUGGCAGCCAUUGUGUGCCAAAAAGCCGUCAUUGUAUAGAGGGGAAUUGUUUUGUUUUGUUUGUUUGUUCCAGGAAGGUUUCUGGGAGUGUUCUGGCAGCCUGGGAUCCCUCCUCAAUGUGGAUGUAACAUACUUUGCGAACGUCUUCCUGAAGAAGAAGGGCAUAAGCUCUUUAGGUAGGCUACACUACACUACGCUACAGUACACUGCACUACACUACAGUGCACUACACUACACUACACUACACUACACUACAGUACAGUACGCUGCGCUACAGACGGAUACUAGAGAACUGUUUGUCUGGGAGCCUAUGAAGACUGUUUGUUUGGGGUUCUCUGGGCUUUUUUUGAGCAGUAAGGAAAAUGUAAAAAAUAUUGCGUGAUUGCGUGUCAUUCAUGUGUGUGUCAGGUGUGAGGGCUCAUGCUGACAUCCUGAGGCUGGUGGCCAGUCUGCUGGUGCUGCAGCUGAUGAGGGUGAGGAGGCUGGAGGAGGGGAAGCUGCUGCUCAGCCUGUUCCGUCUGGACCUGGACCACGCUCCUCAGCCUAGGUACAUCUAUCUGAUCCACCAUAUAUAGAUGGCUCUAGGUCUCUCUGGUCUGCAGUCUAAAUUAGAACUUGAGAAAGUUCAUGUUUCAUGUGUUUUUCUUGGGAUAAGGGUGUCUAUGUUUAGUUUUCUUUGAUGCUUUUCUCUGUAUAUGUGUACUUUACUAAAUGUGUUUACUGUUUGUGUUCUCCCAGGGGUGAGCGCUGGGAGGCGGUGAGGAGGGCGGUGGACUGGGUGUGUUGGGCAGACAGGGAGUAUCCGUGUGUGUGCAGCAGACUGGAGUUUGGCUGGGACUGGGAGUCGUCCACACGCCAGCUCCUGGGAAUCGACGCCCCACACCCCCACUCUCCCCUCAUCCUGCUGGGGACCACAGGGGGAGUUAGGGCCAAAUGA